GUGAGGCGAAAGCUAGAUAGCCUACCAUAGAAAAAGAAAAAGAAAAAAACCCUCAGUGCAGAUCGAUCCGUAGCUAAUAUAUAUCCCCGAAUUGUUUGCGGAUCGGAUUUAGAUAAUACCUCUGGCUCUGCCUCUUCCAUUCACAAAAUCCCGUAGUUGCUGAAACCACCCACUACGGUACGUGCACCAGAGAGUCCUCUUCGGAAGCGGAGAUGGGCGCAUUCGUCCGAUGCUGCUGCCGCUGCUCCUACAAGCCCCUCUUCUUCCCCGCACCCCUAAUCUUUCCUCUCACGGGGCUUCGCUUUCAAACCCAUCUCUCUCUCCCCCCUCUCAGCCGCAAAAAGGGGCACUUGCUUGGCUUCAGACAUUCCCUCACGAGGUUGUCUCAGUCUGUGGUCAGGUGCAGCCCCGGACAAGGAGAGGCACGUCCGACGCUGCCGCCCCCGCCGUCCAAGGAGUUGUGGUUGUACAACACUAUGGUUAAGAAGAAGGAGCUCUUCAGGCCCAAGUUGGAGGGCAGAGUCGGGAUGUACGUCUGCGGCGUCACCCCCUACGACCUGAGCCACAUUGGCCAUGCUCGCGUAUAUGUCACCUUCGAUGUGCUUUACAGGCAGAUAUCUUAAUUAUUUGGAGUAUGAAGUUUGCUAUGUCCGUAAUUUCACUGAUGUUGAUGACAAGGAAGCUGAGCAUGCACUUUUCAACUUCUGUAGAUUAUCACCCGAGCAACCGACCUUGGGGAGGAUCCUAUUACUUUGAGCCGCCGAUACUGUGAAGAAUUUAAGGUGGACAUGGUACAGCUUAAUUGCUUGCCACCUUCGGUUGAGCCACGGGUUUCAGAGCACAUGCCUCAGAUUAUUGACAUGAUCAAGCAGAUUCUGGACAAUGGGUGUGCAUACCAAAUUGAUGGAGAUGUUUACUUUUCAGUAGACAAGUUUCCAGAUUAUGGACGAUUAUCUGGGCGGAGCCCAGAAGAUAAUCGAGCUGGUGAGCGAGUUGCAGUGGACCCAAGGAAGAAAAAUCCGGCCGAUUUCGCUCUUUGGAAGUCUGCAAAAAAGGGCGAGCCUUCAUGGGAGAGCCCGUGGGGCCCAGGAAGGCCUGGGUGGCACAUCGAGUGCAGUGCCAUGAGUGCUGUUUAUCUCGGACACUCCUUCGACAUUCAUGGUGGAGGAAUGGAUCUCAUCUUCCCACACCAUGAGAAUGAAAUCGCUCAAAGCUGUGCUGCUUGUAACAGAAGUGAUGUAGGCUAUUGGGUCCACAAUGGUUUUGUCACUGUGGACAUGGAGAAAAUGUCCAAAUCCCUUGGAAACUUCUUUACAAUUCGGCAGGUUAUUGAACUUUACCACCCACUGGCUCUGAGACUCUUCUUGAUAGGGACCCAUUAUCGAUCUCCUAUAAAUUACUCUGAUGUAUUGCUUGAGAGUGCAUCAGAGCGUAUUUUCUACAUAUAUCAGACGCUUGAUGACUGUGAGAGGGUUCUGAGUCAGAGCAUUUCACCAGUCAUUGGAGACCCAAUCCCACUAGAUAUUCUGAAUUCCAUCAGUAAGCUUGAGAACAAAUUUCAAGUCUUCAUGUCUGAUGAUCUUCACACUCCAGUCGUAUUGGCAGCAAUGUCUGACCCAUUGAAGACCAUCAAUGAUCUGCUGCACACUCGUAAGGGGAAGAAGCAAGCACAUAGGAUGGAUUCCCUUGCAGCAUUAGAAAAGACCGUGAGGAAUGUUCUCAUUGUAUUAGGAUUGCUGCCUACUUCUUACUCCAAGGUUUUGCAUCAGCUGAGAGAAAAAGCACUGAAGCGCGCAAAAUUAACAGAGGACCAAGUCUUGCAGAGAAUCGAGGAAAGGAACUCAGCAAGGAAAGCCAAGGAAUAUGAAAAAUCAGAUGUGAUUAGGAGAGACUUAGCGUCUGUAGGGAUCGCUCUCAUGGACAGUCCCGAUGGGACGACUUGGAGACCUGCUAUCCCACUCUCGAUGCAGGAGCAUCAAUUUGCUGUAUCAUGAAUAAUUCCCGAGGAGAACAUUAUAUGAAACAAUUCUCUCUCUCUCUUUUCCCUGCACAAAGUUGCGGAUAAUGGGGAUCCAAUGUUUGGAGAUCGUGGUUGAGCAUUGUAAGUCGAAAUUUGAGGUGGUGGUUGUUUUAUUUGCUCGGAGAAGGUUUGGUAGAACAAAAUUGCUCUGCUUUAGGCUGGUGAAUUGCACCGGUUACUAAAACCUUUUAGCCAUGUAAUAAUUGGGGACAAAAUUUUUUUUUAACAAUUUGGUUCAGAACUUUUUAAUUAGUUGCAAUCAA